AUGCCACAAAUUCCGGGAAUGCCAGAAAUACCAAGAAUGCCUCAAAUCCCGGGAAUUCCAGAAUUACCAGGAAUGCCUCAAGUACCAGGUAUGCCGGAACUUCCGGGAAUGCUCCAAAUACCAGGAAUGCCUCAAAUACCAGGUUUGCCAGGAACUCCAUCACAAAACAAGUCAAAAGAAGAUAAACCACAAAUUCCUGGUUCUCCAGAAAUUCCUAAAAUCCCGGGAAUGCCAGAAAUGCCACUAAUUCCAGAACUACCGGGAAUUCCCCAAAUCCCAGGAAUGCCACAAAUCACCGGAUUUCCAGGAACUCCCUUUAUAUUCCAUAAAAAAUCAAAAAAUGGAAAAACGACAAAUUCCAGAAAAAUGGAAAAACGACAAAUUCCAGGAAUGCCAGAAUUACCUGGAAUGCCUCAAAUUUCGGGAAUGCCUCAAAUUCCAGGGAUGUCAGAAUUACCAGGAAUGCCGGAAUUACCAUGCCGCAAAUACCCAGUUUCCCAGUAA